AUGUUUCCGUACUCCCUACAGAUUCUUUGUCUUCUUCUCUUUCUCACUCUUCCCAAGCUCUGUCCUAAUCCCCACCCCAUCAAGCCCGCCUUCCCUCUCCGCUUGUGGAGCAGACGAUUCGCGCCAACGUCCACGGGUCGGGGGGUAAGGUCUCCACCGAUGCGUGCUUUGGAGGCGCUGCAGACGCUACAGAUGCCACGGACUUGCUGCAGCUCCAGGGUUCACCUUUGCAAGAAAAUACUUCCAACUUGUCGAGGCAAGGCAAGGGCCCUGCAUGUAGUGUACGGAGUAGGUAGUGUAUGGUGUGGGCGGUGCCUUGGUGCUUCGGGCUGCCUGAUGCCGACUCCUCCGCUGGCCCGUGUCCCCGUUCCCAAUGCCCAACGGCAGCCCCGAUCAUGCUUCUCCUUGUAG